AUGUUUCAUAAAAAUAACCAAAAUGGAGCUUAUUCAAAUCGGAUAAUCUUACACAAAAAAUAGCUUAACUUAUCUACAGAAACAUUCAUCUGGAUGAACUUCGUAAAUCUCCUUACAGGAAUACUACAAAAUACAAAUACUCAUCUUAUUUUUGAAUCUAAUGAAAUAUAUUUGGCAGGUAUUAUUAAUAUAAUAAUGAUUUAGGUAAUGAUGAAGAACAAUUACGUGUAGCUCAAUUCAAAAUAGAAUACAUAGCAUAUUAGGAAUUUAAAAUGAUCUAUGUUAUGAAAGAUCAACGAACUCAUGUAUCAUAUAAACCAUAUACAUCCAUAUUUUAUUCUAAAAACUACAAAGAACUCUAUACUAAAUAUAGAGGGACUUGUUUAUUUGUUAAAGACAAAUUAAUUAAGGAAUAAAAAUAAUUACAAGAAUAAACAGGAUAUCAUAAGAAUUUUGAUAUGGAAAUGUAUGAAUCAUUUGUGAUUGCUUGGAUACCUAAAAGGAAGGAAUAAAAAAUAAUAUAAUUAUUUUAAAAUUGGAUAACUGAAUACAAUCAAUCAAUUAAUUUUACUCCAAAAUAUGAAUUAAGACCAACUAUUAAUAGAGAAUAUUUUAAUGAUGCUGAUCCACUCUAAUAAAUUGCUAUGACUUAUAUUGAUUUUAUUCUAUUCUAUUCAGAAAAUGAUGUUGAAUAAUUUCAAUUAUAAAAUAAAAUCUUGAUUAAAUUGGUUGAUGAUGGAUGGAAAAUUCAAUUUAAAAUUUAUUCAUCAAAUCUAUUAUAUUGUUAAUAAGCAUAAUAAAAUAUAAAUGAUUUUUUUAAUUAAUAAUCAUUAGAAAUAUUUAAUAUGGAAUUAUAUGAUUUGUGUGAAGAUAUUGACAAAUUCAUAUUUGAUUUGGAAGGAAUAUUGAAGAAAAAAUGCAAUUAAAUAGUUAGAUUGUAUAAACUCAAUUCAAUACUAUCCUUAGUUAAAGAAAUAGAUAGAAGAUUUGAUACUAAAAUUUAAAAUUAUGUAUACAGUUUAGGAUAUAAAUAAUGUUUGUUUUUUUCUAAGUAAAGAGACAAUACUAUGGCAUUUAAAAUUAUUAAAGAUCUUAUUGAUUUAAGGUUAAAAUUUAAUUAAAUAAUGAAAAAGAAAUAAUUAGAAAUGUCUUCAUUAUCAUAAUCAUUUUAAAGCUGUAAAUCUACAUUAUUAUAUUCUCAAUAAGGUAAAUCUGCAAUUAUGCCUUAAAUAUUGAAAGAGAAGGAAUUAAUCUCUUCUUAAUUAUUUCCUUAAGAAUGGAAAGGAUAAUAAACACUUCCAGAUCUCACUACUAAAUAUUGUGAAAAUAAGAUUAAUUCAAGUAUUCAUUUAGACUUAAAAUCAAUAGUUUCUUUGAAAAAUUCCUCAUAGGCCCAACAAUAAAGUAGUUUUUCAAGUGACCAAAAGUCUAGGAUAUCAAAAGAAAAUAUUUAAUAACCUUGUAUUAAUUAAUCUGGAUAUUAAAAUGAUGGAACUUUCAAUUCAAUGGAAUCUUUUAGAAAAGAUUAUAAUAGUCUUGAUAGUAGUGAUAUUAGUGAUAUAAAUGAAUUACAAGAAUUUUGUCAUGAAAUUUAAUCAUAAUCUAGACAUAAACAUAAAAAAAUAAUAGAAGAAGAAAAGUUCACUUAAUUAAUUUAAAUUCAUCAUAUAUCUUAAUAAUUUAUAAGACAAGUAUUAUAAAUAGGAAUUGAUAAGAAAUCAAUUGUAUAUAAAGUAAAAGAUUCUAUAGUAUUAAAUUUAAAGGAUUGGGAAUCAAGUUUAAGAAAGUAUUUAGAAAAUUAAGAUAUUUAAAUAAAUUAAUUAGAAUUAAUUAUAAGUAAUGAUUCAAUAACAAUCAAUACAAAAUUAAAUUAUAAAUAAGUAUCUACUAUUUGUGAUUAAUUUUUUGCAGGUUCAACUUAUGUUGUAGUGCAAUUAAAUAGAAAUUCUGAAGAUUUUAGAAAUUAAUUAAAGGAUACAUAUUAAAUAGAAUCAAAACAAACUAAAUUUGAAUAGACUGGAUUAAUUACUAAAAAUUAAUAUGAAUAAUUGUAGGUAAAUGAAAAUGGUCAUUAUUUGGCUAUGGAAUUAUAUAAUUAUCUAUAUUUUGAAACAAAUAUCUAAUAGAGGAUUAAUAAAUUAAUUAAUUGUCGUAUAAAAGAAUUAGAUGAAUCUAUGCCAAUAUCAGAAGUGUGUAUUAGAAAUAAGAUUAUAAUUGUGUUAUCAUAAUAGCAAUUAAAUUACUUAGGAGAAAACUAUCAAGAGCUAGAGUGUAAUAAAUUAAUCAAAUUUGGGAAAUAUCUCUCUAAUACAUUUUAUUAUGUAGAAAUAGAAAAUAAUAGAGAAUUACAUUUGGAUGCAAUAGAAUAACUUAGAAAGAUUGGUUAGGAUUUAGUGAAUAUUUAUAGUAAUAAGAAAAGAUAGAAGUAUAAGAAUUAACAAAUAAUUCAAUUAAAAUAAAAUAGUUGGAAAUUAUGCAUAUAUUCUAAUAUAAAGAAAUUUUACAUCAAAUUAAUAAAUGAUCUAUUAGAUAUGAAAUUUAAUGAGAAAGAAUAUCUCCAAAUAUUUUAAGCUGGUGUUAAAUUAUCUGAACUAUAAAUAGAUUUAGGGAAAUUUUAAAUAAAACAUGAAAAAGAUAUUAGUAAAUUGGAUUAAAUGAUUUUAGAUGAUUCAAAUUGUAAUUAUACUCUUUAUAUAAAUUUAGAUAAAUGUGUAUCUUAGAAAAUAGAUCAUCUUACACCAGGAAAUUAUCUAACUAUAGUUGUUAGAUCUGAACAAUUACCAAUUGAAAAUGUGACUUAACUUUAUCCUGAAACAAGUCUCAUAAGGUAUUUAAUUUAUUAUUAUUUUUAGAGGUUAUUUUGAAAUAUAAAGAAACUAUUCCAAAUAAUAACACUUUUGA